AUGGCGCCACGACGCGCAGGCCAGCCCUUCCGCCGGGUGGGCAAAUUGGGCAACACAUCCUACGGCCCACGGAAACCGAAUACGGUCGAUGCCUCGUCACUACGCAGUGGUGAGGGUACGUCACAAAACGAGAAACUCGAAUCCACCCGCUUGGCGAACCGCAUUGAUGAGACCAUGGGCUUUGCACGCUUCGAUUCUGGGAAGAAGAAAGUCGGAUGGCUCGUCAACAUGCAUUCGACAACGAUAGAGGACGAGGACGUGCCAGGCGGCAAAGCAGGUGUGGACUUUUACUUCAUUGGCGAAGAAGGCGACACGUUCAAGGCGACGCUAGAGUACGACCCCUACUUUCUGCUGGCCAUCAAGAAGGGCAGAGAACAAGACGUGGAAGAGUACUGCAAAAAAGCAUUUGAGGGCUUGAUCAAAUCGAUCAAGAUAGUAGAGAAGGAGGACCUGAGCAUGCCAAAUCAUCUCACAGGAUACCGGAGGAAGUUCUUACAACUUACGUUCGCAAACGUCAAUGAUCUGUUGGCUGUACGAAAGGCUGUCAAUCCAAUCGUGGAGAAGAACAAGAAGAAUGUCAACGCGAUGGACACAUAUGCAGAAGUUGCAAAUGGCAACGGCGACUUCGACUUCUUUGAUAACGACGAGCACGAAUACGAGAAACGAUUUAUGACCACCGUUGACGCAAGCGAUUUCAUUUUAGAUAUCCGGGAAUACGACGUUCCCUACCACGUGCGAGUAGCUAUCGACAAGGACGUUCGAAUUGGAAAUUGGUAUACUGUCGAGGCCAAGCAUGGUGUAAUAAGCAUCAAGUGCAUAGAGGACCGCCUCACACCAGCGGAUCCUGUCGUAAUGGCAUACGAUAUCGAAACGACAAAACUACCGCUGAAGUUCCCAGACGCUGCCAUUGAUCAGAUUAUGAUGAUAUCGUACAUGAUUGAUGGCCAGGGAUUCCUCAUCACUAAUCGCGAGAUCGUAUCAGAAGACAUUGCAGACUUUGAGUACACGCCAAAACCGGAGUACCAAGGACCCUUCAUGAUCUUCAACGAACCGGACGAGAAGGCGUUGUUGGAACGCUUCUUCGAACAUAUCAAGAUAGCUAAGCCGACAGUCAUGGUGACAUACAACGGAGACUUCUUCGAUUGGCCAUUCGUCGAAGCAAGAUCUAGUGUACAGGGUAUCGACAUGUAUCAAGAGAUUGGAUUCAGGAAGAACAGCGAGGACAUCUACCAGUCAGAUUAUUGUGCGCAUAUGGAUGCCUUUGCCUGGGUUAGUCGAGACAGUUACCUGCCUCAAGGAAGUCGUGGUCUAAAGGCCGUGACGAUGGCUAAGCUCGGAUACGACCCUGACGAGCUCGACCCGGAACUCAUGACGCCUUACGCAGCCGAACGACCACAGACGCUUGCAGAGUACUCCGUCUCCGAUGCUGUUGCCACUUACUACUUGUACAUGAAAUAUGUACAUCCAUUCAUUUUCGCUUUGUGCAAGAUUCUUCCACUCGGACCGGACGAUGCGUUGCGCAAGGGUACAGGUACCCUCUGCGAGAUGCUUUUGAUGGUGCAGGCAUACCAGAAGGGCAUCGUGCUACCAAACAAGCACAAUCCGCCAAAGGAAGCUUUUUGGGAAGGUCAUCUUCUCGAGUCAGAAACCUAUGUUGGAGGUCACGUCGAAGCGCUGGAAGCUGGCGUGUUCCGAAGCGAUAUCGCCUACAACUUCGCUGUCGACCCCACGGCCAUUGACGAACUGCUCAACGAUCUUGAUGCAGCACUGAAGUUCAGUAUCGAAGUUGAGGAGAAAAAAAAGAUGGAAGACGUAACCAAUUACGACGAGAUCAAAGCUGAGAUCGUUGAAAAGCUCAUGCAGCUCAAGAACACACCAAACCGUAACGAACGGCCUCUCAUCUAUCACUUGGAUGUCGCAUCUAUGUAUCCCAACAUUAUGACAACAAAUCGACUACAGCCUGAUUCUAUGAUUAACGAAUCAAAUUGCGCGGCUUGCGACUUCAACCGCCCAGGAAAAACAUGCGAUCGGCGAAUGCCAUGGGCCUGGAGAGGUGAAUACCUACCAGCCAAGCGCGACGAAUACAACAUGGUUCGGAACGCUUUAGAAAACGAGCAGUUUCCUGGAAGGUUCCCGAACUCGCCAAAGCGAACAUUUCAAGAACUCUCGGAAGAAGAACAGGCUACGCUGGUCAGAAAACGUCUGACAGACUACUCCAAAAAGAUCUACCACAAGGUCCACGAUGCUACGACGAUCGAGCGCGAGGCCAUCAUUUGCCAGCGUGAGAACCCGUUCUAUGUCGACACCGUCAGUGGCUUCCGUGAUCGACGUUACGACUUCAAGGGCAAGCAGAAGGUCUGGAAGGGCAAGACGGAAGCACUCAAAGCAGCUGGCGCCCCCGCCACGGAGAUCGAGGACGCAAAGAAGAUGAUUGUUCUUUUCGACUCUAUGCAGUUGGCUCACAAGGUCAUUCUCAACUCCUUCUACGGUUAUGUCAUGCGAAAGGGAUCUCGUUGGUACUCUCUUGAAAUGGCUGGUGUUACUUGCUUGACUGGUGCUCGUAUCAUUCAGUUGGCCCGCUCGCUUGUAGAGCGCAUUGGACGACCCUUGGAAUUGGAUACCGACGGUAUCUGGGCAAUUUUGCCCGCGACGUUCCCUGAAAACUUCGCGUUCAAACUCAGCAACGGCAAGAAGCUGACCAUCUCAUACCCUUGUACGAUGUUGAACCAUUUGGUUCACGCACAGUACACCAAUCACCAGUAUGAGACAUUGGUAGAUCCGGAGACGUUCCGGUACGAGAAGCAUAGCGACAACUCCAUCUUCUUCGAAGUCGACGGGCCGUACAAAGCUAUGAUCCUGCCAACUUCAAAAGAGGAGGAUAAGAACUUGAAGAAGCGUUAUGCAGUGUUCAACCACGACGGUAGCUUGGCGGAAUUGAAGGGUUUCGAGGUGAAGCGUCGUGGUGAGCUGAAGCUCAUCAAGAACUUCCAAGCUCAGAUUUUCAAGUUCUUUCUGGAAGGUACAACGCUUGAGGAGACGUAUGGAGCUGUCGCCAAGGUCGCCAACCGAUGGCUUGAUAUUCUGGACACUCGCGGUGCAACACUGGCAGACGAAGAGCUCAUCGAUCUCAUUGUCGAGAACAAGAGUAUGACAAAGACAUUGGAGGAGUACGGAGCGCAAAAAUCAACUGCCAUCACGACUGCCAAACGUCUUGCUGAGUUCUUGGGCGAACAGAUGGUGAAGGACAAGGGUUUGAACUGCAAGUACAUCAUCUCAAAGACACCUAGGAAUGCUCCCGUCACCGAGCGCGCCGUACCCUUGGCAAUCUUUUCGGCUGAAGAGUCUGUCAGAAGGUAUUUCUUGCGGAAGUGGUUGCGAGACGACCCAGGAGAGAUGGACAUCCGAACAAUUCUUGACUGGGAUUACUACCGUGAACGUCUGGCGUCUGUCAUCCAAAAGCUCAUCACCAUCCCCGCAGCGUACCAGAAAGUCCGAAACCCCGUUCCUAGGGUGCCGCAUCCGGACUGGCUCGACCGCAGGAUCCGUCAGAAGGAGGACAAGUUUCAACAGACAAAGAUGACAGACAUGUUCAGUAAGAAGGUCGUGACGAACGGUGACGCCAACGUUGCGAACAACAAGCUGUCUGGAGACUUUGAGGAUUUCGGCUCCGCAAAGUUGACCCAGAACCAAUCCCAAAUGAAGAAAGGAAUAGUCACCAAGAUGGUGGCGAAGCGCAAGGAGCCUGAGCCUGCAGUGCCUAUUGUCGACCCGUAUGCUGCAUUACCCAAAGUCAUGCCGAGCAUCGAUCAUGACUAUUCCGGAUGGUUGGCGUAUCAGAAACAGAAGUGGAGGAUCCAGCGAGAAGCACGGAAGCGCAGACGACAGCUAUUCGGAGAGAAGGCUGUUGAUGCUUCUGACGCGAUCGGUAGCUUUUUCAGGAACCAAGCUCAGUCUUUGUAUAUCAGCACGUGGCAGCUUGUCCAGUUACGACCAACAGAAACACCGGGCGAGGUCAGGGCUUUCGUCCUGAUCGACAAGAAGAUUCAUGCUCUCAAGAUCAUCGUACCUCGGACGCUGUACCUGAAUCUGAGAAGUGAAGACCUUCCGGAUGUCUCGAUCAGUGGGUGCUCUGUGGAAAAGGUUGUCAACCACUCUCUGCCGAACGGACACCCUUCUAUCCAUCUGUUCAAGCUCCAGAUGUCGGAAGAGACGUACGUCCAGGAAGCAAACAGCAUCUCUGCACUGUUCAACCACACUAGUGUUGAAGGCGUAUACGAGAAGCAGGUACCGCUGAAUAUCCGAGCCAUCCUCGAGCUCGGAAGUACCUGCACAUUCGACGAGUCACAGAAGGGUGUGCUCGGAAAGGGUCUGGAACAAGGCUUCGGUUUGUCGGCGCUGCGAAAGGUAAAGACUAAAGAGCCAUACCUGGCUGAGGCGCCUUUCAACUAUCUAUACCUGUACCAUGUCAGGAGUGGUGACCGCAACAUCUAUGCCAUCUUCUCGACGUCGAAGAGCGAGGCGCACAUCGUCAUCCAAAACAAGACCAAGGAUUCUCAGAUGCCAAAUGUAGACCGCAUCUACAGAGAUGCCCUGCAAAGACGAGUGGAAGACAGCAACGGCGAGCCGUGGCAGACCAUGAUCGAGUACCAGGAAGACAUACACUUCAAGACGACGAUGGUAACCACAAAGCGAAAAGCUCUUCUUGAGAUUGGGGAUGCUAUCAAGAAGAUGAAGGCAGACGAAAGUGGACCUAUCAUCACGGUCAUACAAUCACCAAACCAGGCUCUUCUCUCGCAUGACAUCCCUGUUCUCAAGGAACUGCCAAUUUUACCACUUCACGCCGAUGAGUCCGACAAGCAACUACCACCCCUCGGCUGGCAAGCGUUCAUCGCCAGGCGAGUAGUAGGCCAUUAUCUCGAUCUCGGAUCCUGGGUCGCUCAUCUGCUAGAGCUUGCUCGUUAUGGAGAUAUUCCGCUCUGCAACCUUGAGAGCAACGACCCACGCUUCCUGAUCGACAUUGCAUACGCGCGACGCUUGCAGAAGGAACGGGUGAUACUCUGGUGGUCUGGCCAGGCGAAGCCUGAUCAUGCUGGCUAUGAGAAAGACGAUAUCCUCGCACCCCUGGAGACGGUGGACAUGCCAUCGAUCAACAACCCAGGGACAUACUCGUCAGUGUGCAUUGAUAUCAAUCUUCGCAACCUCGCUAUCAACACGAUCUUAUCAUCCUCAUUGAUCAACGAACUUGAGGGCUCUGACUCUGUUUCCUUCAAUCCUGCGGCCCCGUCUUACGACUCCACGAACGAUGGCUCCAAUAUCAUCUACUCAGACAACGCUUUCGCAAGCGCUGGUAUCACAGUCCUCCGAGAGAUGGUCAAAGCAUGGUGGGUAGAGGCUGUCAAUGCUGGUCGCGGCUUUAGCAUGGCCGAUGUCAUGGUUCAGCAUCUCGUCCGCUGGGUUAGUAGUCCGGGGUCCUUCCUCUACGAUCGCUCCCUACACUACUACGUUCAGAUGAUGUCAAAGAAGACGCUACAGCAACUAAUGACGGACUUCAAGCGCGUCGGUUCACAUAUCGUAUUCGCUAGUCCGAACCGUCUACUUCUCCAGACAACCAAAGCCGAAGUGGGGAACGCUUACGCAUACAGUCAAUACAUCAUCAAGACCAUCAAGUCGAAACCUCUAUUCCAGUUCAUGGAGCUUGAAAUCAAGGAAUACUGGGACUACCUGGUGUGGUAUGACGAGUUCAACUAUGGCGGCAAGGGCUGCAGUGAGGUGACUGAGGAUGAGACGCAACCAGUUGAGAACAUCAUGUGUUGGCAGCUCGCACAAUUCUUGCCACCAAAGUUCCAGCCUACAUUCAACGACUGGAUCGUCGAAUUCAUCGAGCUCAUGCACGCACGAAAACGCCCUGCUAUCACGGAGGAUGGCUCGACACCUAGAGUUACACAGAUCCCGCUCCGACCAUUAACUGUUGAUCCGAAUGAACAAACACAGCUUCUCCCCAAGCAGUUCACCAGGCCUCUCUCUAAACAGAUGAAUGUCUUCGCCAAGAAGCAGCAUGCAGAGGUCUUGGAUCCUCUCUUCGCACCUGAUUAUGUCUUUCCCGAGCUUCCGGGCUCGCACCUCAAGCUCACAAAUCCUGUCUUACAACUCGUCAAGAGCAUCAUGCAAGUCUUGAGUCUGGACCGUGCCAUAUCUCUCGAAGCGCGUGCACUGCGAAAGGAGUUGCUGAACCUCUUCGACAUCCGCGAGUUCAGCGCAGAAGCAACGUUCGUCAAUCCCAGCGCCGCCCUCGUCGUCCGAGGCCUCAUCUGCGAAGACUGUACAUCCUCACGCGAUCUGGAUCUCUGUCGCGACUCUUCUCUCCUCCCAGCCAUCCUACCCGACAGCGACGCCGCUCCCGUCCUCCCCAAAUGGAAAUGCGACAACUGCGACUCAACCUACGACAAACGGCGCAUCGAAGAGCAACUUGUUAGCGAAGUGCAAAAGAUGUACAAGCCUCUCUUGAUCAAUUGGCUUGAUUCCGUUGCGAAAAUGGCGCCAGCACUCACAUCUUCCACACCUGCUGCGCCGCAUACCCUCUCCUCCCCAGGCGCCACCACAACAAUCAAAGCACCAAAGUCCAUCUUCCCAGACGGAAUUAAGACCUCAGGCCAACAUGAGCCCGUCUACUCCCUGCUACGCCCCUACUCCGAUUUCCCCAAGGAAAUCACUGGCUCAACAGCAUGGGACAAAACAGACUACGAGUCCAACCCCGAACGUUGGACGCACGUCUUCUCACCCGAUGAGGUGCGCGAGAUAAGCGAAGCAGCAGACUCGUUCAUCGCCUCCGGAACACCUUUGACAGGUAUCACAAAGAAUCUUUUCCCACUACCCAACUUCUCAAAGUUUCUGGAGCCGCUGAGAAAGGAAUUGAUCGAUGGGAAGGGAUUCAUUCUCUUCAAGGGUAUGCCCGUUGAGCAGUGGGGGAACCAGAAAUCCGCGGUUGCGUAUAUGGGUUUGGGCACGUAUUUGGGCUAUUUUGUCAGCCAGAAUAGUCGGGGCCAUGUGCUUGGGCACGUUAAGGAUCUAGGUGAAGACGCGACUGCGAUUGAUAAAGUAAGAAUCUACCGGACGAACGCGAGGCAAUAUUUCCAUGCCGAUGAUUCGGAUCUCGUGGGCUUGUUGUGUGUGGCCAAGGCAUUGGAGGGGGGAGAAUCUGAUCUCGUUAGUAGCCAUUCAGUAUGGAACGAACUUCAAAAGCACCACCCAGACGUCGCCGAACUGCUCACCCAGCCAAUCUGGUACUUUGACCGCAAAGGCGAGACGAGUAUAGGACAAAAAGAAUGGAUCAAAACCGCCGUAUACUACCUCGAGACGGGUGACAACCCGAGAGUCUACAGCAAAUUUGAUCCCUACUUCGUCCGCUCCCUAACCCGUUUCUCGGACGCAGGCCAUAUUCCCCCUCUUUCCGAAGCGCAAGAACGCGCCAUCACUAUCCUCGAGGAGACGUGCCAAAAGCUUGCGCUGCACAUGAUUCUGGAUGUGGGUGAUAUCCAGUUCCUAUCCAACAACCAUGUAUUCCAUGCGAGGACAGCGUACAAAGACUAUGCACCACCGGCUCCCAGGAGGCACUUGAUGAGGUUAUGGCUGAGUACACCCGAGGGCGAGGGUGGGUGGAAGUUGCCGUUCCACGACAGUAAGGAGAAAAAGAGAGGUGGAAUCCAGGUCGAUGAUACGCCGCCGGUAGCACCUUAUGAUGCGGAGUAG